AGUUUGACAUUUUGUUUAUUUUGUGAUUUUCCGUAAAAAGUUACAAAAAUUCGAUAAAACUACACAAUUAUCAUCCCCGGAGAUAUAAUUAAACUUUAAAUAGAUAGAAGUAUCGUAUUAAAGCAUUCACAAUGAACACCCUACUUCGGAGGAAUCUUUUCUCAGUCUACAACAACACUUUGAGGCUAUCCGCUCGUACCUUCGCUGCAGAAGCUAAUGUGAACGAGAAGAUUGAUAAAUUAGUAAAGAACAACAAAGUCGUAGUGUUCAUGAAAGGUGUCCCGGACGCGCCGCGAUGUGGGUUCAGUAACGCGGUCGUGCAGAUCAUGAGGAUGCACGCAGUUCCUUACGAGAGCCACGACGUCCUCUCUGACGAGGCCAUUCGGCAAGGAAUCAAGGACUACUCGAAUUGGCCGACAAUACCGCAGGUGUUCAUAAACGGUGAGUUCGUCGGAGGCUGCGACAUCAUGCUGCAGAUGCACCAGUCCGGGGAGCUGGUGGAGGAACUCAAGAAGGUCGGCAUCAAAAGCGCGCUCCUCACCGCCGAAGAGAACAAACAACAGUAAAGUAUGAGUAGUCUUCCUUUACCUAGGUGUAUUUAAUUUAGGCAUAGGCAAGAUGUUUGGGGCAUAAUCAUGAUUAUGUAAAGUUUGAUAACAAGGAGUGCUAACCAAAUUGUUGGUUAAUGAUGUUUUGAAUAUCUUAUCUUUAUUAGUUCAUGUUGGCUUAUAAUAUUUGACCUCCUUGAACCUAGCAAAUGUAAUUUAAAAUUAAUUAGGUAAUGCCGAAAAUCUGUUGAUUUAUAAUCUUAGAUCAAUUAAGUGAUGGCCCCAUGUUUUUUGCUUUUUCUUCAUAGAAAGGACAAGCUCAACUAUAAGCACUAUUGUACUGUAUAUUUAGAGUAUCUGUUUUUGUUAUGUAAUAAUAUGUAGUUACUUAUAUGAUUUUAAUAAAUAAAAUGUUAGUGAUUCAUA